AUGUCUGGUCCCGCCUGCGGGGAAGCGCCUGAUCUUGGCCCGGAUCGCCAUGAGUUCGAAAUGUCGGCGGCCAUCACCUCACUCUGGUGGCCCGAAGAUCGCGUGAAGGCCACCCUUUGUCCCGAAUACGUCUUUAACCACCUACCUUCGAACAUCUUGCACCGUCUCGUCAACCCUUUGCCUUGGGGAGAGGGUCUGACCAGUGAGUCUUACUUGGACUGGAUCCUCGCCAAGGCCGGUAGAAUCUUCCUGAUCCUCGUGGAUAUCGGCAUACCGGAGCGCAUCUUUGCCCUGGUCGAUGAAUCAUUAGAUGACACGGAUUUACCUUUGUCGGCACCGAGUACCACUCGCCUUCCUCUCGCACCUGAAGGGGACAACGCAACGGUUGCCCACAAAUUCUUUCUCGCUCAAUGGCGGUUCACGGUACGCGGUAUCAAUGAAGGCGACCAUAUCAAGUAUACUCAGAACGAGGGCGUCCCCGUGGAGCUUCUUCGCACCGGAACGUCUCUAGUGAGAGAGGGCGUGGAGAAGGUUGUUCUAGCUGGCCCCAAAUGUCGUGUGCUGUUGCGAACGCAAGUCUCUAUUGGCGGCGCACCGCAUUUCUUCGAGGAGAACGAGGUGGUGGAAGAAAUCCGCUCUCUGAGAAGGCUAGCCCACGAUCACGUAUACUCAAUCUACGCCUCCUACUUUGUGGAUACCACCGUUUGCAUUCUCUUCUCGGGCGUUUACGAGCGAACCCUCAUGUCGUUCCUUACCGACGUGCCUCAACCUUUCAAGCGCCUCGCCAAGAACAAGCGUCGAGAGAUAUUAGUCAAUUGGCCACAUUGUCUGGCGAAUGGAUUGUCAUGGUUGCAUGCACAUAGCCAGGCCCAUAGCCUGAUUUCUCCGUCGAACGUCCUGGUGGACGCCGACUUUCGGAUUUUCCUGGGCCAGUUUGAGGCUCUCGACACUCUUCUUUCCCCACUCAAGCCGGACGACGUUGAAACCUACCAGUAUGGUGCGCCCGAGCGAUGGGUGCGCUCCGUCAGUAUUCAGGACACAAGCGCACCAAGCCCAAACAUUGCGCUUCCAUCAGGGGGGCGUUCGGCUCGCAAACAGUCGUCCCGUCCCGCAAUGCUGAGCUUAUCGAGAUUCCGGGGCUCUCAACCGUCGGAUCAGGAUACAGAAAUACACGCGGAGUCUGUUACGUCGCAGGGAACUGCCAUACGUAUCGGCCUACGAGGCUCACCUUCUCGGAUCUCUUUCACCAACUCAUCUUCCUCUGGAUCAAGCGUAGGGAGCGCCCGCAAGCGCGUGGUAUCCUCCAUAAAACGACCGAUGUUCUACACCCCGUCCAUCACUUCGUCCAACUCCAAUUCUUCUAGAUCAUCAACCACUCCUUCUACUACAUAUGGCCAGUUUGGCUACCCAAUCAUCGGUUCCAACGCCGCCAUCGUUCAUACGUGGCAAACAAGUCAGUCAGAUCCAGAAGCCUCGGACAUAUUCUCACUUGGAGCAGUAUUUCUAGACAUUUUCACUCAUUUAUGCAAGCGCAAGCUCUCUGCUUUUUCACACCACCGAGGGGCCAAGAACCGGACCGCUGGCCGCGGUGGCGGCGUCGCAGACUGCUCAUUCCACCUCGACCGAAACGCCGGCCAAGUGAGCUCCUGGAUCGCCCUACUGGACAACGAUGCGAAGAAACACAAAGAUCCUAUCUUUCAGGCUGUUCGACCGAUGCUCACCGUCGUGCGAAGCAUGCUAAACAGAGAACCCAUGAGCCGUCCAUCUGCUUAUCAGGUGGAGCAGCUCCUGGCCCACUCACUCCAGAAACUGGACGGAAGCUGUAGCCUCCACUGUACUUCCGACCUGCAAGUCCACGCCCCCAGGACGAAAAAUCCACUCCGUUUAGGCGCACAAGCAGCCUCGUCAUCAGACAGACUCGUCGUCCCGCGAGCAAAGCCACUAGGGGCCAGAUCCCCGUCUCCAAGUAGUCCAAUGACUGCCGAAUUCUCAUCUACUAGCUCUGGAGGACUCGUGAGCCUCCGUCCCUCACCUUCAGCCUCUGCCUCGAGUUUCAGCUUGCCUGAUCAGCAAUACGCGGACAACUAUAUAUAUAGCAGCGACACAGAUCAAGAGUAUGAGAAAUACAGUACCUCUUCGUCGCCCGUCCCUUGGCGUGAUCCAGAUCAUGGUCUAAGCCCGGCAGCACACAACGAUCCGACAUGGAAUUACAGCAUCGCUCUGGGGAAGCAUUAG